GUUCUUAGUUUGUAUCAUGGAUAGUUAAUUGAGUUGUGGCUAAACUUACUUUUUGUAUCUCCAAUUGGUCACUUAUAGCUUUUUUGAUCGUUGUCCUACUUAUAAUUAUCACGGAUUCCGACUUAUUUGCUCAAUCUAUUUCUUUCUAUUAAUCCCAUCUACUUGGCGUUUUUUAUAGACUAGAAGUGACUUUUUUCUGUAUCCUGAUGGUACUACAAUAAUAAAAGUCAAUUUCAUCUUACAUCCUCGUGAUCGCGGUCUGCAUAAAACUGGAAAAUGUUUUAACGUUUUCCCUACUGAAAUACUCCAGUUUUGGAAAACUUCCAGAUUUCUUCCAAAUUUUUAUUUCUCAGAUCUUCGUCCUAUUUUGUGUUGAUCUUCUCGUAGUCAUGGUAUUAAUUGCACACCGGUCGUUGCCAAAUUUAAUAACUGAUAAUCUUGAUACAAUCACUUUUUAGGUGUCUUGAUGAUGCUCAAAGUUAAACCCACGAAUUUGCAUCGGGUAACUGUACUGCAUCAAGAUUUGUCUUAAAAUAACAUCUGUCACACGUAAAGUUCAUCUUUCUGCGUUGCGCUUGUCAGUUUUUGGUUAUUUCGCCCCUAAAUUAAUUUCGAAAGAAUACGGUAGCUGAUGCUAGAUUGUAUUCGUUCAAGUUGAUACAUUCUAAAAUGACGUUAUCAAAAAAGUAAACAGUGUUACCAAAGCUAGCAAAAACCAUUAGGGGAAGUGUGGCGAGUUAAUCGGUCAGUUAGUUGUUUUUUAUCCAAAAUAAGGGUUGAUGUAGACUCAUCCUAGUUUUUUUAACAUCACUAAACUCUAGCCAGUGAGCUGAUAGCAUUUCAUAUAGGUCUGGCAAACAUUUAAUAAAUUGAAGGAAUAACUUAGUACAUUCAUCUAACAUUUUGUAAGGGUCGAAAAACCAGUCAUGGACAUCGUUGAAACUGACACUAGUAUGCUUCGAUCCAGUUUGAUACACCACAUAACACAUCAAUAGAGAAAAUCAACAUGAUAAAAUAUGGAGUAGAAUCAAUAUUAAUUGCAGUGAACAAAUGAUGAGAGAACGAAAAAUUCAUUUCUUUUCAGUUAACAUAGGGCAUCUUUCUAGGCAUCAGUUUAUUGUAUGUGAUAUGUGUCUCAGUUAUCUCAAUGUGUUUCUCAACAUGUUCAGUGAUUUAUUUCCUCUGUUUAAAUUCACAUGUUUGAUAUUUCAUCGCUGUUGGCUUUUAAAUAAAUAAAUAAGACAAGCAAGUUUUAGGUCUUACAAGAUGUCUUUUCUGAUCAUAUAUAAAUUAUAGAGUUCCUUUUUGCGAGAGUACCUAAUGGAAACUGAAUUUUUUUUGACAGUUUCCUGUUCUUUUUUGAAGCUGUGCUGUAUCUCAUAAACAACUUUUUUUCUACUUCGUAGAAUGACUCACAACUUUUUACUGGACUAGUUUAGCUGUCAAAGAUGAUGAAUAUUCCUAAAAAAGUCAAUAUAAUUGUACAGCGUGGGGAAAAUUUGGAAUACACUUCGUCACUUAAAAAAGCCUCUAAAAGUCGUCGAUGGCGCGUUAUAUUUUUGGGUGGAGCGGUUAAAUUAGCCUCAGAGUAUGUUGAUGCAGAAGAUGGUCGUCCAAUAUGGGAUUGUGAAGUAACAUUAGAUUUGAUUAGUCCAUCAGAUCCAGUUACUUUACUUGUUGUCGAUGGAGAUAAUCAUCAUAUCGGUCAAGUUGAUAUCCCCUUAAAUCAAGUUCCCCAAACUGGCAAUCCAAAUUUCGACUUAUCACGGUUAUGUUAUUCUGAUUUAAAAGCGAAGCGAAAAAAUUCUAAUGCACAUGGACGUUUAGUUUAUUGGAUUUGGGCUAUUGACUAUUGGCCUCCAGGAACUCAAGCUAAUACUGUACACCAUUCUAAAUCAUUACGUGGUUCACUUACAAAUCUUAGUUCGAAAAUACGUUCAAAAUCUAAGCAUAGAUCCAAAAAUGAUAAUGAUUACACUAAUGGUUAUCAAAAAAGGGAAAUUAAUGGUUCAUCUGCUACUUUACAAGUACCCGGUAUGUCAUAUAAUCCAUUUGAAAAUGAUGGUACUGUAAGUGAAUUCAGUGGACCAAUGGGUUUACCACCAAUGUAUCAAUCACAUUCAAAUAGUCCAUAUGCUCAAUCAGAAUUUGGUGGAUCAGUUGCAGGCAGUAUAAAAUCAACCAAACAAAAAAAUAUGUUGAAGAAAUUUAAAUCGAAACUUUCGCAUAGUACACUUAAUUUGGCUGAAGCAGCAGCUAAAAAAGCUGCUGGGAAAGAUCCUUACUUUCAAAGUCUUGAAAAAGGAUCAAAAUCAAAUUUACGAGGAAGUCAAUCAUCUAUUGGCGGGACAUCGUAUCGAGAUUCAUUAUACACGCGUUCUAGCGUUGUGAGCAGUAAUAAUACCAACACCAACUACCGAUACAACACUAACAGCCGUUUGGUUCCAUCGGCUAUCAUCCCAUCUAAAUCCAUAGAAUCCCCGGCUCAUAAAUUGUCCUCAACUUCUCAAUUAGAUAUUUCUACUCGUCUAGUCAGUGAUAAUGGUGGUGGUUACCCAUCACAAAGUUUGUAUCCUCGUCAAGAUUCAGGUAAAUCAAGGAUAUCAGCCAGUUUGUAUUUAGAUGAGCAAGGUGUUGCAACACCUAUUCAACAGCGAACUGAUGGAGUUGGUGAAGUUUCAGCUGCACCUUUUGAGUCACCUGGUAGUUUUCAUACUUCAGCAUUCGGUGCUCAACCUGAUGAUCGACCUAGUAAACCUAUUGAAGAUAUGACAAAGCGUGAAACAGCUGAAUAUGUGACACAUUUACUAAAAUCGUUACAAACUGCUCGAACAGAAAUUACCCGUUUACAAAUAGAAAAUGAUCGAUUGACUGGUCAUUCACAUGAAUCUGAACGAGAAUUAAAUGAAGUUCGUAUGACUUUGGCAACAUUACGCAAUCGUCUAUUAGAAGACAAUCUUACACAAUAUCUUGAAUUGCCUCGUGAAACCAAUGGUUACAUGGGUAUUGGAAGUAGCAGAGUAGAUAGUGUUAUUGGUCUUAGUGUGCGUAAUAAUACUGGUAUAAUGAAUAAUGCCAAUCCAUUUGACAAUGUACGACAUGAAAGUACUAUUGAACCCCAAUCAUUUUUGUCGAAAAUCUCCUCUCUAGGAAUGAAUGCUCGUUUAGGAAAUAUCAUUCCACCGACAAAUAAUCAAUUACAAACAAAUGGAAACAGUGCUAAUUUUGGUGGGGGAGGAUGGUGGUAAACAACUAAUCCAUAGAAAAAUAAAUAAUAAUUUGAAUGAAUUGGAUUAUUACACUCCCCGAGCUUUACUUUGAUUUUGUUUUAGAUAAUUGAAUCACCUUGACCUUGUAAUGAAAAAUACUUUUGUGUGUGUUUGUAUGUGCUUGAAUGAUCCUAUUUGCUCAUUUUUAUGAUUAUUUUUUCUAUUUAUUAUUGUUUUCUUGACAUAAGCGGAGGUGAUUUUGUACUUAGGUCUAUAUGUAUAUGCUGUUCGCAAAGUAAAAAAAAACAUUUCAGGUUGAAAUGUCUUUCAACAUUAUUACUAUUAUUGUUACUGACUAUUAUUAUUAUUAUUAUUAUUAUUCCUAUUAUUCUGCUUCCAAAUAUUACUGUUUAUUUUAUUUAAACAAUAUCGAGGCUAUAGAUGUGUCAAAAAAACAUAUGAACACAGACAAGCGCAUUGAUUAACACAUAUCCAUUCACUAUUGUUCAACAGCUUUGCUGAAAUACAGUAAUUAUUUUAAAUGGUAAAUCUACACUUUAGCUCAUCUACUAAAUACAAGUUCAGAGGUUAUUAUCCAUUGUACCAUAAUAAUGAAAUAAAUUUUUGUGUUUUUUUUUAAUAAAAAAAAAUUCUUAUCUACAGAAGAUCUGUGAUAUUCAAUUGUUUUUGUUUCUAUUCCUAACUAGAACAAUAUUUAAUUGCUCAAUGAUCAAUAGAAUGUUACCAUCAUUCCUUCUAGAUAAACAUUUUUCAUUUACACUUAUUCACAUUAUCUUGUAUUCUCAUAUCAAUAAUAACAAUAAUAAUAAUAAUUCUUUUAUUAUCUUUACUGACAAUGUUUCAUUUCUGUGUUAUGUUCUAUCUUCUCUUAGAUAUUUCUUUCUCUAAAACGGACUACUUAUUACUUUACUUCCUAUCAGAUAAUUUUCACAUGCAAAUUUGAUAAUGUUGUCACAUUUCAUUAAUAAUUUUCUAAAGAGAAAAGAUUUCCUUUUAUCCAGAGUUUACUCAUUGAGAGGGUUUUUCUUUCUUUCUUUCUUUUUUAAAUUGAAGAAAAAUGUUGUUUCUAUGUUUUAGUAAAAUAAAUUUUUCGUUUGGUUUUAUCC